ACCGGUAAUGACGUGGGAUGACAGGUAAUGCAUCACAGGCGCUUGCUAAUGCAUUGACGUAUAGGCCUAGCCCUCCAACGGGCCUGCUCGCUCAUUCCUUGCUCCGACGUGCCAUAUUACGGAUGCAGUAGUGUGUCUCUAGCAGGGAAGAUGUCAGCGAAUGGUCCACCUUUUGGUCCCAUCCUUCCAUCCCUAAGUGGGUGUUAUCGUAGCCUGAGAGAGGCCAUUGCCGUGGUGGUCUGUUUCAGCUUAGCCUCGUCUACACAACCACUGCCGUACCACCAUCCUUUGGCCUUGCCAGCUACCGUAGCAGGAUUUCAUACUGACGCUUCUACCACGCCCGCAGAUGUUUCUCUGGGCUAUAGAACAUGUCUUGAUGUGAUGAGUAUCACCGGUCUGUCCCAGGACGGUUACUUCAAUAUUGACCCCGAUGGACCAGGACACGUGCCGGCCUUUCAAGUAUUCUGUCAGCUUUCAUCCACGCACCAAUCCCCCGGUACCACAGUUAUUCGAACUACAAACAACGUUCGGAGAUUCGUGGAUCACAAUCAUCGUUUCAACAUCACGUACGAGAACAUUCCUGAUCUGGAAUCCAUCCGGGCACUCAUCAAAGCCUCCGCUGCUUGUCGUCAGAGAGUGUCGUACACGUGCUAUGGGUUGCCUUUGUGGUUAAACGGUACGCAGCAGGUGGCAUGGGUGGCCUGGAACGGUAUGGAGAUGCUAAACUGGGGCGGGGGCCAGACUGGUGUCAAAGGAUGCGCUUGUCACUCCAAACCAACCGGUUGCUUGGAAGGAGGUUUGUGCAAUUGCGAUUCAGUGACAAGUCAAGAAACUGACUCUGGUUUCAUCACGGACAAAGACACGCUACCAGUCACUGGAGUGGAGUUUAAGUACACCAACCUCAGCAUGUCCGGCCCUAAUAGCAGAGCUGAAUAUAAAGUGGAGCAGUUGGAGUGCUUCGGGGCGCAUAAGAUGCCAGAGGUUAUGACAGCCUUGACCACGGAAAAUAUUUUAACAUCCAGUGACGCGCUAACUACCGAACGCCUUUCGACAGAAGCCCAAAGGACCAUUUCUGUAAUCUCCAGCACCACUACAGAGGAAACGACUCCAGAAGAGACGAUCAGUGGACUGGGAUCCUCAGCUGAUGAUGCCCUUUUGUCAUCAGAGGUACCUCCAACCACCGUUUCUGCGACAAGUAAUGAGGUGACCAUGGACUAUGCCGUGACAGCGCGUGGUGAUGGGUCAACCACCAUACACACAACAAUGGAAGACCUCCAGACCACUGGUUGGAGUGCAUCUACUUUUGGAGAUGAAACGACAUCAGAGGAAACGACAGAUAGGAUAUCUGGUGGUCAUGCACCCACGGAAACCCUAACAACCAUUGGAGCUAUUCGCGUCACGGAUGAUUCUUUGAAAGCAGCAGAAACAACAGCAAGCACUGAAAUGAAAACUUCUGUGCAAGAGACUACGAAGCAAAAUCGUGUUCAGGAAAUCGAAAAUUCACUCCAAAAGCGGCUGGAAGCGAUAGAAAUUUCGGCUGGAAAUACGUCCACAGACAUCCUUAUGGCUGCUGCAAAGGACAUUUUAGGGACAACAUUGGAGUUGCUGUCAAAUCAAGACAAUGAUGUAUCGACAAAGAUGUCUGUGACUACUAUUGUAGAGUCCUCUUUGGGAAAGGUCGCUGUUGGUCUCCGUCAAGAUGAGGUAUUGCAGCUAAGCGUUGGCGAUACAAAGGUGGAGGUUACAGCCUUCGCAUCCUCAGAGUCUCUGGAGAAAUAUAUUUUCAAUGUAGCAGGAGGUGAGCUGCCCAAAAACGAUGAGAUGGAAAGCAAAGAUAUUAAUGAUGGAAAGGAAAAGGAAGUCACAUUGCGUAUUUCUACUGGAGCAUCAACUCAUGUCGAAGGGCCCGUAAAGGUGCUAGUGGUCUACCAGGGAGUUGCAAAUAGGACGGGUAACUCAACGGCUGGAGAGUGGGCUAACACAGGGCCCGGGUUCAAAGCUGUUUCAAGAAUCAACAGUGGUAUUUUGUCUUGUAGUGUGAUCUCAGCAGGACAACCGCUGGACCUUGGACUGACAUUCUCUCUUCAACACCAACAGGAUCCUGCAGACAAAAAUGAAGAUCAGAUUGUGACACGACAGUGUUGCUUCUGGAAUGCAACGCUCGAGACAUGGUCUUCAAAGGGAUGUCGAACAAUGAAUCCUGCCACUGCGGAGUCCGCAAAGACUACCUGUUUCUGCAGUCAUAACACCAGUUUUGCCGUACUGUUACAAGUCACAGAACGUUCUGCUGUCAGUGGACCGGAUCAGAUGCCAGGCCACGAUCGCACCUUGAGUUUGCUGAGUACCAUCUUCGGGUCCCUCUCAGUGAUUAGUCUUGCAUUUACGUUGAUACUCUACUCUUACCUCAGGUUGUUCAAGUUCCUUCAGAUAAAGGUUCACGCCAACUUGGUCGUAUCUCUACUUGUGGCCCAGGUGUUGUUCCUUGCCGGGACUAGGGCUACCGAAAACCUGACCGGCUGUCGGAUCAUUACUGUUCUGCUGCAGCUAUUUUUCAGUGCGUCCUUCAGCUGGAUGUUAGUUGAGGGCGGGCUUCUGUUGCAGAGGGCCGUGAUGGUAUCUAGGCAACCGCCAAAGAUUCUGAUCUUGAUGCUGAUUGGUUGGGGUAUUCCAAGUCUUGUAACGCUGACGUCAUUUUCCAUUGGCUACAAGCAUUAUGGCAUUUAUGGCCUCUGUUGGUUGACUGCUCAUAAGGGUCAGAUCUGGGCAUUUGCAACUCUGGUCAUCGCUGUGACUCUGGUGAACGUUGUUGUGGUGUGUAUUGUCUUGAAGACUUUCUUGUCACUGAAGAUGAAUAUGAACAAGGACAACGCCCACAGGGUCAGGGCUAGUUUCCGUGCCGUUGUCGUAUUGGUUCCAAUCUUAGGCUUGACCUGGAUCUUCGGCUUGCUUGGCAAUGCCUCCACUGCCUUCAAGUACAUUUUUGUCAUCUUGAACUCGACACAGGGCAUUUUCGUGUUCAUUUGCCACGGACUGAUGAAUAUUGAGGUUCAGAAAGCAAUGAAGCGACGUCACAGCAACAAAGUGUCGAGCUCGGCGUCUUCAUCCAAUCCCUCUCACCUCCAGUCCGCUAACAGGAAGACUGCUACGACUAUGGCCAGCGAGGGCGUCAAGAAGGAGGACCAAAUGUAAAGACCCAUGACGUGGUAUAUCACACGCCAAAGAUUGUAGGCUGUGGCACAAUAGGCAAGAUCGACCGCAAACAAUGCUUAACUGUAGUUGUACCACUUUCCUUUAUACCCAGCAAGAAAUGAGACCGAGGGUACCCCCCCUCCAACA